UUUAUUUGUCGUCGGUUGUCUAAUAUCCAUCCAUUCUCACAUAAAUGUUUAGUGGUACUAUGAUAACCUAACAUGAUUGUGUGAGAUAAAAUAGAAGAGGACAAUACUAGCGGGUUUGUGACGAGAGCGGUGACGUCACUGGUUUACACGUGUCACGUACUAACGAUUCUCGCGUCCAUACGUCUCUGCGUUCAUGGGCUAUUGAUAAGUAUUAAAUAGACAACUCCCGAAUUUGUUUUGUUACUCAUCACAAUAGCGGGAAACUCAUCCGGCUUCUGGAAAUUUCCGUUUAUCCGAUUCGUUCUCACGUAAAUCACUCUCUCUCUCUCGCUCUCUCGCUCUCUCUGUAUCGUCUCUGUUUGAUUUCGCAAUUGAAUUCUGGGUUUAGGAAUCUCUUAUUGUAUUUAAUUUGACAAUCAAAUUUUGGGUUUUUUAAAUACCAAACUAGAAAGUGAGAUUACGAAAGAUUGUUCCAUAGUGGAUACGUUCGUCUUUCAAAAGGAGAUGAUGGCUCGUUACCACAGGAGAUCGAUGAUCUUGUGCUUAGUUCUGCUCUCAUUAAGCAUAUCGCCGAGCCAAGGCUUCCUAGGGACAGAGGAAAAGAUCAAAUCCGCUGUCUUUUACUCACCAAAACUUGUGAUGAAUCCAGGAUCAGUUGCAAAUCCUUACUUAUUCGACAUCGAUUUCCCAAGAGGUCAUAUCGGCCUCAAAGCUUUCGAUGCUGAAGUGGUUGACGAAGCGGGCAAACCCGUUCCUCUACACGAGACCUAUCUCCACCAUUGGAUUGUCGAGCCAUACUAUGUACGUAAAGGUUCCAAGCUUCCACAGAGAGAAAUGUUCAGGAAUCAUGGAUUUUCCAGGGAAGAUCCUGAAAGCAAUCUUGAUUCCAAGUCAGAUAUUAUUCUUGUGAAAAAUGGAGGGUUGUGCAGGAGUUUAACACUCAGACAUUUCUUUGGUUUAGGAUCAGAAACCCGCGAAACCUCGACGUAUGUUCCUGAUCCCUACGCUAUUGAAAUCGGUAAUCCUGAGGAAACACCUGAUGGUUAUGAAUUCAAAUGGCUUCUUAACAUUCACGCGAUAGACACCAGAGGUGUGGAAGAUAAGAAAGGAUGCAUAGAAUGUUUGUGUGAUCUGUAUAAUGUUACCAUUGAUGAGUAUGGUCGAGCUAUAAGGCCUGGAUACAAAGGAGGUUUAUACUGCUGCUAUGAUAAGACUCAAUGUCGGGUGAAAAGCGGAUUUGACAAUGGGGAGAAAACAAGAACUCUGUAUUUGAAGUAUACCGUGAGAUGGGUUGAUUGGGACAGCUCGGUUUUGCCCGCUAAGGUUUAUAUUUUCGAUGUUACAGAUUCUUGGGAAAGAUCAAAAGGAGAUAGCCAAGAACAUAUUUGCCAUGUGGAAUACGAGGUGAAACCGUGCAAAACCAAUGGCGAUGGAUGCGUUGACGUUAAGAAAAAGAGCUUAGUGAUGCCAUUUGAUGGGUAUAUUGUCUACGGGGUAGCUCACCAGCACGCUGGUGGUAUCGGUGGUGCUCUAUACCGAGAGAACGGUGAAGGGAUAUGCGCUUCAAUGCCGAAGUAUGGCAAUGGAGAUGAACCUGGAAACGAAGCUGGUUACAUUGUUGGAAUGUCGUCUUGUUAUCCAGCUGAUCCAGUGAAAGUGAGCUAUGGAGAGACAUUGACUUUGGAAUCUAAUUACAGUAAUGCCGUUGGUCAUACCGGAGUUAUGGGACUCUUUUACAUCCUCGUUGCUCAGCAGCUGCCGGAACCAGAUAGCUCCUUGCCUAAUAAACAACAUUUUGAGGCACCUGCGAGAAGCUUGAGCUUUUUAGCCAUUUUUGCAGUGACGGUAGUUGUGGCUGUUGUGGUUUUAAUAGCCGCCGUGAUAUACCGGAGACAGAAACGGGAAGAUGGUUACCAAUCACUUAGUACUUAAAAAAGAGCAAAAACCAUGUCGACUCUAUAUAUGUCUUCAAAGUGAAUUCUGUUUGUAUACAUAGAAUAAAAGAUUAUUUUGUUGUCAUCUUCCUCUGAUGUGAUAUCUCUGUAAUAGUUACGUGUAAGAAGAACUUUUCUUUCUCAAAUACAUCACAUUCACACAAUAAACUAACAUUAUUUUCGUUGUCUUGGUUCCAAACCCU